GUUCCAACCAAGAAAAAAAGAAAAUAAACGGACAAGGAUGAAAGCUCCUGCAAGGCGGAGGUGAACCCUUGUGAAUCAUGUAUGUGCUUGAGGGACAUUUUCUUUCCAACGUCAGCAACAAAGAUUGACCAGAUUCCGCACCACUUUUUCCCAACAUGAAUACCUGCAGAUGAUCUACGAUACCUUGUUGCAUGCCGGAAUUUAUUUCUAGAUUUCUUUCAAUGAGACUAUUCCCAACGUACCAAGCGAGGAGAUGGUAGACGGCGCCUGUUUCCCGAUAACACGAUAUGAUAAGGAAUUGAAACACACAGAUUGGUUGAUCGGACGGAUUCGAAAGGAAAAGAAAAGAAAACAUAGAGAUAUAGGAUCGGGACCCCACACCUUAGAACAGCUUAGAGGCAUGAGAGAAAGGCUUGGUAAAGCAUCCAAGAAGAGCAUUAUUUGCUAGAGCUAUCAAUGAAGAAGACAACAUGUCUUCCGGUUCACUCAAGGACCUAACGAAAGCGAUCAAAACAUCAGUAACGACUUCUACCCGAUUACCACUUCCAGACGACCUUGUGCGGAUUAUCCAUAUCUACCUGGAGAAAAAUGCUACCCACGAUGAAUCCGACGCCUCCAAGGUUCAGGAGGAAUUGCUCUCUAUUUAUGAAAGGGAUGUCUGUGACCAUCCUGCCCGCUAUGCCCCCUUCUUAUCCAUAUUGCGAAAGCUUCGAACCUCGAUAAAAGGUGGUGGCAGAAUGUUACAAUGGUGGGAUAAAUUAUGCAUACCAGUAUUGAGUCAUCUUGGAGAGGAAAAGGGAUUGGCUUUGGAAGCUAGGAAUACUUUACUGGAUAUUCUCAUUUAUGACGAAGACGACGAACAUGUAGAAGAUGCGAUUACUACUUCGGAUACGGUGGCAGAGAACUUGAUCGCUAUCUGGCUGGCGAAGUGUAAUAGUGUCGCUGCACACCUGGAUGAGAAUUCGAAGUUCAUUGAGAGUCAAUUAAGGAGUAUACUGAUAUCAUUUGGAAGGAAGAGGCCAAAGAACUUUUUGACUGCUAUCAACCAAUUCUUCGUUAAAAAAGACAGUCGAAUUCUUGCGCUCUCAUUACUUUGCGAAUUUAUUCGACACCAACCUCCUCAUCUACAUCAACUCCUUCAAACUCCUCUCUUCGAGAAUCUUCUACGAUGUUUGCAAAUAGAUACUUCGACUCGAGUGGUAUCACUGGCAAUGACAGCUUUGAUUAUGUUUCUGCCUCAUAUCCCAAGCUCUCUCUCCAAGCAUCUCCCUGCGCUUUUCAAUAUCUACAGUAGGAUGCUUUUUUGGGAUAGAGAGCGAAAGUAUGAGGAUAAUUCGGCACCUGACGAUCGAGAUGACAGAAGUACUCACAGUACAAGUUCCUGGACGAAACUAUCUUACUUGCUGGACUCGGAAGAUGUAUCAGUUCCGGAAUUAUUACACUACUACACAUUUCUUUACGGCCUUUAUCCGAUGAAUUUCAUGAGUUACAUUCGAAAACCGCAAAAGUUCCUAAGGCAUCAAGGAUUCCCGGGCGCCAAUGAAUUCGCGGUUGAGCCUAUGGAAAUAAGACAACGAUCUGAACCUUUCAGGCAACUCCAUCUUUUACAUCCAAAUUUCUUCACAAUGACUAUCGAUCAGGAAUUAUCAGAUACUAAUCGAUGGAUGAAAAGUGAAGCAUCGGAUGUUGUGACUGAAUGCAUGGCAUUAUACAUACCAGGAUAUGCUCAACAAGCUCCAUUAUCAAGAUCACAGUUACCAAACCUACACAUUGAUACUAAUGCUGACGUCCCAGAUCAGCCAUUGACUGAACAUAACGCAUUCACACCGGCCCAAUCUCGGCACACCAGUUGGAGGUAUGCUGGACCGCCUACCAUCGCGUCGCCAGAAGCACUACGAAAUUCUAUACUAAGGAGGGCAUCAUUCACAAGUCAAUCAAUGCCUUCGAUUGCGGACUCCCCUAUCUUGAGACCGGAAAGGCGAUUAGAUAGUCCUACAUUGCCUCCAGUCAUCGCCACGUCGCCUUCGCAUACUCAUCUACAAGAUAUGCUGGAUUCUCAACGAGCUGGUUCAAUUAGAGGUGGUAUUUAUCAGACUUUGACGAAUGAUAGCGUGCAAUCGCUUGCGUUGAGCCAUCAUGCCCAAGAUAAUACUUCUCACGUUGAUUCAUACUUGCAAUCACUCACCCGUGCACACGCCCUCCGUUCACCAUCUUUGAGACCCGGGACAAAUGAUUCUACGAAAGUUGCAUACUUACAGAGAGACAUUAUGUUAUUGAAAAAUGACUUGAAUUUUGAACGCUAUCUUAAGCAGCAACAUCUUACUCAUAUUGGACAACUUCGUCGAAAGGCUAUCCGUGAAGCAAGAGUCGAAGCCGAGACUCAAAACUUGAUCAACUCCAACAAAAUCUUGAGAGCGAAGCUAGAAGAUACCAAGAAAGCCAUUGUACAAAUGAAAAAAGAAUUUGACAAAAGCCGAAAUCAUUCUAGGAAAUGGGAAUCUGAUUUGACGGCUAAACUACGAUUAUUGAAGGAGGAGCAAAAGAAGUGGAUAGUGGAGGGUGAUCAAUUAAAGCGUGAAUUGUCUGCAUCGAAGAUUGAUAUACACAAUCUAAGGCAGCUGGUCGUUCAAGCCGAAUAUAAAGUGUCUCAUGCUACCCAAGAAAUUCAAGUAGUGGAAUCAAAUAAGGAAGAAUUAGAGCGAUUACGCAUCGAGGCCGAAAAGCUCACUACGAAGUUACGAAGAUAUGAAGCUCGAGAAGUUGAAAUGGACCAGGCGAAACAAGAUGAAGAACAAGCUUACAACACUAUCGAAAUCCUCAAUAUGAAGUUAAAGGCCAAGGAUGCGGAAAUACAACAAUUGAUUGCCAAAUUUCAAAAAGAGCUUCAAGAAGCGCAAAAUGCUAGUCCAACUGGUUUCAAGCAACUCGAUCCUGCAAAGCAAAAGAUUAUUGACGAGGCAUUAGCAGGGUCACGACGACGCAUGGAUGAUAUGAAGACAGCCCAUUCUAAUCUUUUGAAACGAUAUACAAAGUUACAGCAAGACCACCUGGAAGCGCUUACAGCGCAAGAUAGAGUGUCUGAUUUACCUAUGAGUAUUGAUGGAUCCCCUGGGCCACAUAUUCCUCCAAGAGAUCAUCGUCGCUUGACUCAUAGCUAUUCAGAUUCGGCAAGGCCAGGAAGUCUUGUACCUAAAGCAACGUUUCCACUCACAGGCACAUCAAGUUUUAUUGCUCGGCCCAGGAUAGAUUCUCACAGUCCAACAUCAGGCCAUGCAUUUAGGUCAACGCCUACAAGUGCACCUACCAGUCCGGAUUUUUAUGGGGGUAGAUUUUCUCAUUCCAGUACCUUCGGCCCCGCGCCAGGCUCGUCACAUUCGGACGGAACAAUGAGUAGAGAUGGCAAUAAUAGCGAUAGGGACUCUUUUGAAGCCCAGAGCAAGCCAAAAGCUAAGCCGCAAGGUGAAAUGAGAGGUUAUGGUCGUGGAGGGGUUGGAAAUAUUGGAGCAGCGAAGAAGGAUAAGGAUAAUGGAAAGGAUAAAGAUAAAGGGAGGAAGGAGGGAAGUGGGAGUGGUGCGGAAGAGAGUCCAAAGAGUAGUCCGAAGGAAAAGAAGAAGGGGAGUGGAUUGAGAGGGCUGAGGGCAUUUGUAUAAAGUAAAAGUUGUUGAGUUGAUUGGAUGGGUGGAUGGGUGGAUGAAUUAAGUGCAUAUGGGAAGGGCAGGGAGCGAAUUUUUCCACCAAAAAAAAACCGGUGGUUGGAUGGGAUGGGAAUGGGGAUGGGGAGUUGGAAAAACGUAUAUAAUUUGUGCGAUUGCUGGCCUACUUUGUCUUUUAUGGGUUGGUCGAUGAUGAUUGAUUAUUUGCUUCAUCUACUGUUUUCACUGGAGGCGUUCGGUAUGAAAAUGGGAUGGGAAAGGAAAUGGGAAUGGGGGUGGGUGGUUCACAUUGAUGAAAAAGUUUGAGGAUGUAUAUGAAUAUUUGAAUUUGCAAAUACCACUCUUCUUCCA